AUGCUCGGCUACAUGAUCGCGCUCACCCCAGCUCUGUUGCUCCUCGGCGCUCUCUUUGAUGGAGCUGGCUUGGCACGUGCCAAUAACCCAAUCGUGCAGACUAUAUACACAACGGACCCAGCACCACUAGUCUAUAACAACCGGGUGUACGUCUUCACUGGCCAUGACGAAGACGGAUCCACUGGCUUCAAUAUGCGGGAUUGGCGCGCCUACUCGACCAGUGACAUGGUCAACUGGCAAGAUCAUGGCGUCAUGGCCUCACUAGCUACCUUUAGCUGGGCCAACGCCAAUGCGUGGGCUGGACAGGUUAUUCCUCGUAAUGGCAGGUUUUACUUCUACGUCCCCAUCCGGCGCACGACGGGGUCCAUGGCCAUUGGCGUUGCUGUCUCCGAUUCCAUCACAGGACCGUACCGGGACGCCCUUGGCAAGCCACUUGUCGACAACAACGAGAUUGACCCCACUGUAUUCAUCGAUGAUAAUGGCCAGGCUUACUUGUAUUGGGGAAACCCAAAAUUGUCCUACGUCCGUCUGAACCAGGACAUGAUUUCCUACUCCGGCGGUGUAAACCGCGUCACCCUCACCCCACAAGGCUUCGGCGCCCGCACCUCCGGCCAUCUGCUUAUGAGGAAGGUCCUUGGUUCUACAAGCGCGGUUCGACUUGCUACAUGGUUUACGCCGCCAACUGCUGCUCGGAAGACAUCCGAUAUUCAACCUCAUCCUCGCCUACCGGACCCUGGACGUACCGUGGGCUGGUGA